AUGUCCCUCCUUCACACAUCCCUAGCAACUGUCCUACCGUGCGUACACUCUCAUUCCCCGUUUCGCCUCUCCUCCCAAUCGCAUCUUGUCGCAUUUACCCUGCUCCUCUCCCCCCGUGCGCGAGCACUCUCUCUCCCCUCUUUUCCCCUUCUCCAGUGCUUAUUCUCGCUCGUACUCCUCUGCUCCUCUCCUCACGUGCGCUUACAAUCUCGUUCCCCUCUGUUUCCCUUCUCCCGUGCUCAUUCUCUCUCGUUCCCCUCUGUCUCUCUUCUGCCGUGCUCCUUCUCUGUCGUUCCCCUCUGUUUCCCUUCUCCCGUGCCGCAUCUUGUCUCAUCCCCCUCUGUUUCUCUCAUCCCGAGCUCCUACACUCUCGUUCCCCUUUGCUUCUCUUUUCUCGAGCUGCUUCUAACUCGUAACCCUCUGUUUCUCUCAUCCCGAGCACGUGCAAUCUCAAUCCCCUCUGUUUCUUUAUCCCCUACUGCUACCCUCUCAUUCCCCUCUGUUCCUCUCCUCCCUUGCGCCUUCUUCUCAUUCCCCUAUGUUUCUCUAAGCUCCUGCGCCUUGUCUAUCCCGUACGCUCGUCCCCACUGUGCUCCGCCUGCUCCUCCCUUCUCGUGCCCGUGUUUUCACGGUUUUCACACUUCUUCCGUGCGCCUUCUCUCUCGUUCCCCUGUGCGCCUCUCCUCCCGUGCGCAAUUCGCUUCAUUCCCCCUGCUCAUCUUCUCCAGUGCCCGUUCACUCUCAUUCCCCUCUGUUACCUCUCCUCCCGUGCGCGUAUGCUCUCAUUCCCCUCUGCUCCUCUCCUCCCUUGCUCAUUUUAUCUCUUCCCUUGCUGCUCUUCUCCUCCCGUGCGCGUAUGCUCUCAUUCCCCUCUACUCCUCUCCUCCCUUGCUCAUUUUAUCUCUUCCCUUGCUGCUCCGCCCGUGCUCCUCCUCUCUCAAUCCCCUCUGUUUUGCUCCACCCAUGCGCCUCCUCUCUCAAUCCCCUCUGUUUUGCUCCGCCCGUGCGCCUCCUCUCUCAAUCCCCUCUGUUUUGCUCCGCCCGUGCGCCUCCUCUCUCAAUCCCCUCUGUUUUGCUCCUCCCGUGCGCCUCCUCUCUCUAUCCCCUCUGUUUUGCUCCGCCCGUGCACCUCCUCUCUCAAUCCCCUCUGUUUUGCUCCUCCCGUGCGCCUCCUCUCUCAAUCCCCUCUGUUUUGCUCCUCUCGUGCGCCUCCUCUCUCAUUCCCCUCUGUUUUGCUCCUCCCGUGCGCCUCCUCUCUCAUUCCCCUCUGUUUUGCUCCUCCCGUGCGCCUCCUCUCUCAUUCCCCUCUGUUUUCUUCCGCCCGAGCCCCGUCUCUCUCAACAUUCUCUGGUUCACUCAUCCCGUGCGCAUUCUCUGUCAAACCCCCUCUGUUCUCUCCUCCCGUGCGCAUAUGCUCUCAUUCCCCUCUGUUUCCCUCCUCCCGUGCGCUUUCUAUCUCAUUUCCCUAUGUUUCUCUCUGCCCGUGCGCCUUUCCUCUCCCGGACGCUCGUCCCCUUUAGUAUUUUCACAGUUUCCGCACUUCUCCUCUUCUCCUAUGCUAGGCUUCUCUGUUUCGUGGACCGGUCCUCCGACCUGUUGCAUUUAUUCUAUGUUUUCACCCUACGCCUCUUCUCACGUGCUCCCUAUUUUACGGCUUGCUUGGCAGAUGUCCUUCCUAUGUCCGAGAUGCCGGCUUUGUUCAUUCGAGACACGGUCAGGGCUGGGUCGGCACAUGCAGAGUAA